UGGAACCGCCGACGUGACUUCCACGUCCUCACGGUGGGCCUGGCCACGUACACCGCGGACGAGCGUUUCCAGGCGGUACACAUGGACCGCUCCGAGGACUGGAUGCUCCAGAUCAAGCGCACCCAGCCCACGGACGCCGGCGACUACGAGUGCGAGAUCAACAUCCGCCCGCUCAUCUUCUACUUCGUGCGCCUCACCGUGCUCGUGCCCCGGGCCCUGAUCCUGGAGUCCCCCGAGCUGUUCGUCAACAGCGGGUCCUCGAUCAGCGUGAGCUGCGCCGUCGAACACAGCCCGGCUCCGGUGUUCGUGUUCUGGUACCACAACGACCGCAUGAUUAACUACGACGCGGCAGAGGGUGGACCCGGGCACAUCUUGGGCGGCAAGCGAGGCCAGGACGCCCAGGUCAGUAGCCUCUUCAUCCGCAACGCAAGACCGGAGGACUCGGGCAACUACACGUGCGGCCCCUCGAACGCGUACUCAACCAAGGUCGUCGUGCACGUUCUGAACGGCGAGACGCGUGCCGCCAUGCAGCACAACCUGUCCCCGCCUGGGCCGCUGCUGCGGGUGACGCUGGAAGCGAGCCUGGUGCUCUGCGCCGUCCUGACGACGCUAGGCGCCGCCUCUCAACUCACCUCUUCUUGA